AUGGAUGCUACAAUAAUCACUCAACAAUGUAAUGUACUUCUUAAUCAGUCAGAUAUCUCAAAAAGGAAUGAGCAUCUAAAUGAGUUUUUCAGCAGUGUUACUGAAGAGCUGACAAAAUGUUCAUUGCCAAUGACAGAUUUCAAUCUAAUCACUACAAUCGUAAGUACUCUAAUUGGAAUAGAUAAAAAUCAAUUUGGGAAACAGUCACACUUGAUGAAACAUAAACUUUUGAUAAUUCUUCGCGAUUAUUUAAUCAAAUUCUUCUUUAAUCAAGAACAAAAUCAUCUAAUUAAUAAUUUAUCCAUUCUUUUUUACAAUAUUUGCUAUGGUAGUGUAUUAACUGAUGAAAAUAUUCAAUUAUUUGUUUACAAACCUUUGAUCGAUGAAAUCUGUUUAUUCUAUGAGAAAAUUGAAAAAUAUGUCGAUGAAACGAAACUCAUUCAAGCCAAUGGUCGUCUUCUCAAAAUCUAUCAAAGGAUUCACAUGUUUCGUUUUGGUUUACAAGAAAAUUCCAUUUUAGAAAUCUUAUUUAUCACUAUUACGAAAUGCAUUGUUUCAAACUUCUUUAUAAAAAAGCUGGAAAAUUUACCAAAAAUGAUGUCACAAUUAAAUCCGAUUGAAAUUCUUCUAUUUGAUAGCUGUAUCGAGUUCAUGUAUUGGCAACCAUAUGAAAGCAAUGCAGUAGAAAGAAAACAUCUUUUUACGAUUUGUGAAACAUUAUUGCAAACAGUUGUUGGUUUAAUGUCCUCCUCAAUUGUGUCAGAACCUUUGAUACGACUAGCGUGUUUUAUUUCGUUGAAUAUUAUAGUUGGGAGUAACGAUAAUGCAGCAGAUGAAAAUACUAUUGAUGCCAAUUAUUAUCAUCUUAUGGAUUAUUGUAUAUCUAUGCUCGAUCAUCGAGGGACUAUUAUUACAAAGCGAGCACUUCUGUCGACUUUAUGUCAUUGCGCCUAUAAUAUUGAUAUGAUAGUUUACUUGAAAAAUAAUUUACUUCUAAAACCACUCUUGCUAAAAAUGUGCGAAUCAGAUGAUACUGAAAUAUCCUUCAAUUCAUAUCGUAUUUUGGCUAUUAUUAUGAACGAAGAAGAUAUUAAAACACUUGCUAAUAGUAGUAAAAUAGUUUCGCUAUUUUAUAUCUAUUUCAUUAGCAUGAUUGAUGAUUCCAUUCAGAUCAUGACUUUUCAAAGUUUGCUUCAUUCUUUAAAGAGUCUCGUACAACAUGAACAAAUAAAAAUAGAACUAGUUAAGAUAGAAACAGUCCCAUUACUUAUCCGGUGUGUUAUCGAAGCAAAUUUUCAAAAAACAAAAAUUCCACAAUAUGCAUUGGAAAUUUUACUUACACUAUCUUUCAAUGACGAAGCUUUGAAGGUACUUGAAAAAGAAGUGAAUUUUAUGAGUCAUCUCAAAGUUUUAGAAAAUUCAACAGAAGAAACUAUACAGCGAGGUGCUAAUCAUUUACUUUGGCUAUUUGAUCAGAAAAUACAAAGUCCUAUCAUGUCUAAAUCUGGUUCGUUCAGUUCGCGCUACAAAUUUGAUAUAAUGUUGAGUUAUUCCCAUACCGAUAAAAAAAUAUGUUUUCAAAUUUAUGAAAAUCUUGUUAGAGAUGGAUUUCAUGUAUGGAUUGAUCGAGAUCAAAUGCAUGGUGAUACAAUGGCAGCCAUGGCGAAUGCGAUUGAAAAUUCAGAAUUUGUAGUCAUCUGUAUGUCUGAAGCGUAUAAACAAAGUCCCUAUUGUCAAGCAGAAGCUCAUUAUGCAUUUCAACGACAAUGUAAAUUAAUACCACUCGUUAUGAAAGCAAAGUAUAAGCCUGAAGGAUGGUUAGGCAUCAUUGUUAGUGGUAAAAUUUAUGUCGAUUUUUCUAAAUUUCAAUUCGAUUCCGCUUAUUCAAUUCUUAAAAAUGAAAUUCAAAGAAAACGAAUCGCUACUACUAUCCUCGAUUCUAAUAAAAUAUAUCUAGAUCCUCAUUUGAGAGUCCCACUGUUAUCAUCGUCAUCAGUAGGUCAAGAUCGACCAAUCGUAGAUCUUCCACUUUGUAUUGAUGCGUGGUCUGAAGAUCAUGUUCGUUCCUUUCUCAGGAAUAACAAUUUAACAUCGCUUCUACCUGUGUUUCCUGAUUUUAAUGGUAGUCUACUCUAUCAAGCCUAUUCCAUGUGUCAAGCAGGUCGAGAAAGCAUGUUUCAGGCAAUGAGAAACGAGGUCGUAACACAUGAAACUGUUCCACCAUUAACACUUGCUACUUAUCUUCGCUUUCUCGAACGAUUGAAAUCGUAUAUUCCAAUAAACGUGAACGAUCAAUCACAGCGGCCAAUACCAACUCUUUGUAAUAUUAUGUAA